AUGUAUAGUUUAGUCAACUCAAAUUUUAGUCGGAAUUAUAAUCCCAGUAGUCGACAAAAUGCUUUGUGUGAUAUAAAACGACUCUUGACAUCAAGGGACACGGAAUCUCAAAAUAAAUCUUGUGGUUAUUUAAUCGAAGUUAUAAGAAGGUAUGACUGCAAUUCCAAUGAAAGAACUCGAAUGAUCGAAUAUUUAUUAGACAACGAUAUUACUGUAUUUCUUUGUGAAGCAACAUCAAAUUUAGAUUUUUUACUUCUUCGGUCUGUACUACAAUGUAUUCGCUUGCUCUGGCGUGAGCAGCGCUUCUUUGAAGAGGAGCAUGCAAGUCAUGCCUUGGCUGCAGUAGUGAGAGCACUUGUACAUUAUUCAGCCAUUGAUGCUUCAACUGCUGUCGAUACAUGUCUACACUUUAUUUGUGAUCUGUUAAAUGGUAUUAGAUCUCAUAAAACAACAUCAACGCUCUCCCAUCAAAGUGCCUACAACAUAGAACAACUCCUCGCUUGCCUUUUCAACUUAGGAAGUCGUAUAUGUAACAAGCCUAACGCUAUACUCAGUAGCGCUUUAGUGCUCAAUGCCCUAAUAUCAUAUCAACCAAAUGAAUUAGACCUUAAAAGUAGCGUAGCCAAAGUGUUGGUAGAGACUUUGGACAAAUGGUUCCAGUUGCUAAUGUCAGGGCUAAAUCAUAUAGUUCUGGUUGGACAAAGCGAUUUGGGAAUGUUGUUGGUGAUUACUUGUCAACUAGGAAUUGAUACGAUGAGGCUUAUAAAUGUAUUCGAAAAAAGCAAAGAGCCAAUAGACUUCAUUCAUAAAAUAUUAGAAGACGAACAGGAGGAAAAUCAAAAUCGUAUAGAAACGGAGGAAUACGGAGUUUUUUUAAAGUUUCUGUUAAAUUUCAUGUAUGAAUAUACAAGGACAGACAUUUUAUCGGAAUUUUGUGAUAUUCUAUUUUCUAAGGGCUACCUAAUAUCACUACCAGAAUCACGAUCAAUCAGAAAUGAUGCAAAUGUUCGGAAGAUUAGCAUUAUGGUCCUUGGGGAAAUGCUGAAAGUUUUAGCUGAGAAAUAUUUAUCUGUAACCGACAGUACUAAUCCUGAGACAUGCGUUAAAGAUAUUAAUAUGGUCUUAGUAGAAUUGCAAUACGGAAUUGAGAAACCACAUAACAUUGGAAUACAAUUACAGAAACAUCAAUCUUACAGCUUGUUAAUUUAUGUUUAUUUUUACUGUCAAUCAUCAGAGAAUCCUGAGAAGUCAACAGCGCUUUUGCUUCCGUAUUUAGUAGAAUAUAUUUUGCGUAUUCCUAAAACUAUAAAACCGCCGGGAUACGUUAUUAAAGCUUUAUGGCUUAUUUUCGCAAUGUCAACAGUAUCAAAUGGCACCUUGGAUUCUUUAGAUCAAAGAGUUUAUUUAGAGAAAGCUACAGAUCGUUUAGUAGCCAUGUUGUAUCCAGAACCCGCAAUUUAUUACACUCACAAUCCAGUCAUUCUGUUUUGGGCUUUUACGUCUUCUCGUAUCUCCAAUAAAGUCAGGUUACAUAUUCUAACAGAAUGGUUCAAAAUAGAAAAUUCUCUACCAGACGACAUAACUCAGGAAUCAGUGAUAUGGGAAUUACUUCUUAACGUUAUAACUCAAAGCAAAGACGCUACAAUUAUAACUAACUGUAUGGAAGCUCUAAAUGUUUGUUUAGAAGAUGGAGAUGAAAGUAUCAAAGAGGAAUUAGCUUCAUUAAUUUGGUCCUUGCUACCUGGUGUUUUGUCCAAGGCAUUGAUAGAUUGUGACGAUAAAUUUGAUAUAAAUAUCUGCUAUAUUUUGGACAUAGCAACGACACGACUACCAGAAGAUAUGGAUCCCUCAAUCUGUCUGAAAGUGGCUGUUCUCAUAACAACUUUAUAUUCGAAGAACAUUCCAGAAUCAAAUAAUAUGGAGUCGAGAUAUCACUAUGAAUACGUGUGUUUGAAGUUGUGCUUGUUACUUUUAGGUGUAUCAAGAAAUCAAAGUGAAAAUAAGGUAUUGAUCACAUUUAUGAACCGAUCCGGCUUCCUACCGAGUGUGCUAGCAGCAACAAAUAGUUCUGAUGACGGAGUCGCGUGCAUCGCUCUGCAACUUCUUUCAUAUAUUGUCUAUUGCUUCACAAAGAAUAAGUAUCAGCCAAAAUCGGUAAUUGAAAUGCAAACAGCUUUGGUAAUAAAAUCCCUUCGUCAAGACAGUGACAACAAACGUGGUUCAUCUCUCAUGCAAUUGAUUUAUAUGAUUCUGAACUCGAGUUCCAAUACACCGUUAAUUUUAACUUACGAUUUGAAGGAACAUCCUUCACAAUAUCAACAGUGCUAUGCGUUAAGAGCGCUCAUGUUCAGAAUACAAUUAAUGCUUUGCUCUCGUGAUCCCAACAAUCAAUCACCAGCAGCUUGGAAAACAUUAAGCUCAAUUUACAAACAUGCAAUUGUUUACAAAAACGAUUUAAAACUGAUCGCCACACUGACAUCACAACCUUGGACACACACACUCGUCCGUUUCCAAUUCACACAAAAUGUAACACAAGAGUUUAUCACGUUCACGCAAAACUGGCUGACGUUGCUAAAGAUAACAAUUAAAAAAGGCAGAGAAUUAAAAAAGCAACAUGUCUCGAAGCACAGCUUAAUAAUGAAAACAUUGAUGAUCUUAAAGAAUAAUUUGAACGGUGAUGAACAUAAGGAAUCCAGCGAAAAUUUGCUAAGCGCUGUUCGAGAAACUUUAGAAGAAUGUAAAAGUAGAGAAUAA